CCGCUGGGAAGAGAAGGGUUGGCAGGGAGGAAGCAGAGAGCAGCAACCUCAGCAGCAGCGGGCCCGGCGGAGAACAGGAGCGGACCGGCACACCACAGACCCACGCUGAACAUCUACUCACCGCGGUUAUAUUUUUGAAAGAUGACGUCCAGGAAGAAAGUGCUUCUGAAGGUGAUCAUCCUGGGAGACUCUGGGGUUGGGAAGACUUCGCUCAUGAACCAGUAUGUUAAUAAGAAGUUCACUAAUCAGUACAAGGCCACAAUCGGGGCGGACUUCUUAACCAAAGAAGUGAUGGUGGACGACCGGUUGGUGACAAUGCAGAUAUGGGACACAGCCGGGCAGGAGCGGUUCCAGUCCCUGGGGGUGGCCUUUUAUCGAGGAGCCGACUGCUGCGUCCUGGUCUUCGAUGUCACUGCUCCUAAUACUUUUAAGACUCUGGACAGUUGGAGAGACGAGUUCCUCAUCCAGGCCAGUCCCCGGGAUCCCGAAAACUUUCCAUUUGUGGUCCUGGGAAACAAGAUAGACCUUGAAAACAGACAAGUCACCACAAAGCGGGCACAAGUCUGGUGUCAUAGCAAAAAUAACAUCCCUUACUUUGAAACCAGUGCUAAGGAGGCGAUAAACGUGGAGCAGGCUUUUCAGACGAUUGCACGGAACGCACUUAAACAGGAAACAGAGGUCGAGCUGUACAAUGAAUUCCCAGAGCCCAUUAAACUGGACAAGAACGACCGGGCAAAGGCGUCUGCGGAGAGCUGCAGCUGCUGAGGAGGGAAGAAGGCGAACCCGGAGUCCUUCACUAACAGAUAUCACACUUAGGCCUUCGAACACGAGACCCUUCCCCCCCCCCCCCCCCCCCCUCCUUCCUGCCCAGAGUGUAAAGGAUAAAUAUUAAUUGCCUGCACCCUCUCCCCAGGCACCGGUCCAGACGGAAACAGAUCACCUGUAUGAUAAGCAGAACACCAUCGUCACCCUUCUCUCUCUCCCCCCCCCUCCUCCUUUCCCUGUGGACUACGCGCCCAUGUUGGGUUAACCCUUGUCUUGCCAAGCGGCCUGCAAAGCGGUUAACACGAUAUACAUAUAUACUGUUUUGUUUGAACAUAACUUAAUUUUUGUGUCUUGUGGAGAGACGGGAUUUUUUUUUUUCUUUGUUAUUUUUACAGGUUUUUUUUCUUUUUCCUUUUUUGUGUGUAUAAUUAGCAUAUGACAUGAAGUUAAAUAAACCUUUUAACUGUUCCGUGUCCCAUGGAAGGCUCUCGCCAGGAAGGCUGCGUAUAUCCCCCCCCGGUCUUUCUUUGCAAGUUCAGCACCCAGGUCUUUGAGUUUUGUAUCGUAUCUGUUAAUCGCUUUAUUACUUUUUAACUAAUCCGAACUUUUUACAGAAUCCAUUUAUUAUUGUCAUGCUUCCUUAGAGCAGAAGUCAGAAAUCUUAUAGUACAUGUUAAUAUAUGCAACCAAUUAAAUGUAUAAAUUAGUGUAAGAAUAUAAUUUUUUAUUUUUUUUUGUUUCUUUUUUUGAUUUAAAGUAUUGAAGCACACGUAAAAUAACAUAAGGACGCCUCCUUAGAAUUUGCGUGCUUUGCCUGCAAAUGGUAAGACGCAGCUUAUGGCUUUUGUAGGAACAGGUUCCGGUGUCCAUCCUCCUGCACGCAGUUGGGGGGGGCAGCUACGUCAAUAUUUUGCCAAUCCCCUUUCAGUGGGACUGCCCCCGAGGAACAAGGCAUGCAGUGGAUAGGCCGAAUGUUGACCACCACCCCUUCCUCCUAUAAAAAUGGCUGCCUCCAGGGUAGUCAUUGGGUACAGCUGACACAAUGCUACUCGUUCCAUUUCACUAUCCACGCUGUCUAUAGCUCCAUGACUGCAGUUAGGGCUGUAACAAUGAUGUGAAUAUUGGACUUUAUUGUAUGGUUAAGUACAGGUAUUAUUACAUCUUAUCCUUUUUUUUCCUCUUUUUUUAUAUAAUCUUUGCCAUGUCUGCAGGGGACACUUGCUAUGCUCAGAUUUGGGGAGUAGAUUUUCCCAAAUAUCUUGUAGACUUUGAGUGCUAUUCCCAUUCUGGGGUGUAAUAUAUGUUUCAUUCCCUCCACUGGCAGGUAACAUGUAGAAUUAGAGCCCCUCCCCCUAUUCCUCAGCCCCUCCCCCGCGCUGUGGAUCAGAUUCUCGUUGGUAUAAAGCCUCCUUGGCAGUUUAGCUACCCUAAUGUCUCUGUUUUCUUGAGUUUGUAGCUUGCUCCCAUAUAGCACUUCAACCUUAUUUUUGUUCUAUUUUAUUUUUAUUUGAUUUUUUUAUUUUUCCUCUUCCAUGCAGUCUACAUCCUAAUGUGUAGGCUGGGUUCUUCUGUAAAGAUGAAAAUGAUGCCAAUAAACUUAACAAGAAAAGA